AUGUGGAAACCGUCUGGCUCUGUAUCCACUGUGCUCACCAUUAUAGUGUUCUUGGCUCCCUGGUCAGCAGAAGCUGUGCUGAUAGCCAUUUCUGAGUGGACAGGGGCCGAUCUGCUGCCUGUAUAUGUUCUAGGGCUGUUUCAGGAAACAGAAAGGAGACCCACCAAUCGGAAAUCCAUAUUCCAGAACUCCAUUUCUCCCUCUUUAUUCCCCAAACUAAUCUCUGCCAUCCUAAAGAUGACCAAAAAUGAGCUCAAGCCCUUUCCAAGUGUUGGCGUGAGAGCAGAAUCCAAAUGGCGACCUCGAAGAGUCAUUGCAGGACAAGCAUUUAGGAAGUUCAUUCCUCUGUUUGACCGAGUGUUGGUCGAAAGGAGUGCAGCUAAAACUGUAACCAAAGGAGGCAUUAUGCUUCCAGAAAAGUCUCAAGGAAAAGUAUUGCAAGCCACAGUAGUGGCUGUGGGAUCAGGCUCUAAAGGAAAGGGUGGAGAGAUUCGGCCAGUUAGUGUGAAAGUUAGUGAUAAAGUUCUUCUCCCAGAAUAUGGAGGCACCAAAGUAGUUCUAGAUGACAAGGAUUAUUUCUUAUUUAGGGAUGGUGACAUUCUUGGGAAGUAUGUAGAGUGA